ACUCAGGCUUUUUACUCUGACUUCACAAGAGGGUUUGUGCAACUAUCCCAGCUUAACAGAACGGAGAGGCAAACCAAGGGUCUUACUAAAUAUCUUACACUCAGGACUCUGUACCGCCUGCAUCCAAACUACUGUUGGAAGGUUGUAGGCUAGCCCCUCUGUUUACCACACAGAGGGCGGAAGUCCCUUCGAGAAACGAAGUGACUAGUUUAAGGUUACAGGCUGAGUGUAAUGCAAGGUGACCGCACAGUUCUGAGUCUCUCCAAGUUCCUUUCUUUACAGCAGCCCUGGGCAAGCUGGGAGGAGCGGAGCAGGCUUUGCGCUGAGGCUGGGGGCUCAGUCUUUCCGGGGCGGUCCUCAGCGGCGGUGCAUUCCAGAGUCGUCCGUGCGUGGCGCACGGGGUGCUGAGCUCGCACACCAGCCGCUCCUGCGCGCUCCCGGGCUUGGAGUCCGAGCACAUUCUCGGCGCUAGCGGGGCUGAGGUUCCAGAGCUGGGAUUGCUUGAGGAUCCCUUUCGAUCCUAGGGGCCCAGAAAAGCACCGGUUACUGCUUGUAAUCCUGACUGAAGAUCGGGCUCGGAUCUGGGGUCCAACAUGGAUGCUACCACCCAAUCCCCUGUGGAUGCCCUGCUUCCCAAGCACAUCCUGGAUAUCUGGGCUAUAGUCCUCAUCAUCCUGGCUACCAUUGUCAUCAUGACCUCCUUGUUUCUGUGCCCGGCCACUGCAGUCAUCAUCUAUCGAAUGCGGACUCACCCAGUUCUCAACGGUGCUGCCUGAGACCCUCGAAAGCAGGAUGGCGUGUGAUGGGGGCGGGGGUCUUGCCCCUAUCCUGAUCUCAGAAAGACAGCAGGGAGACUCAGGAGCUGGAUUUGUGCUUUAGUUUUGAUUCUGCUGUUGGCCAACAGUGUACAACAACAGUGUAGAUGUCAUCAAGGGACCUAACUCUGAGUCCCCAGCUCCUUAGCUUUCAGCCGUGGGUCACAACCCCUGCCUUCCUACCUCACAGGGUUGGGGGAACCAUGUGACAGUGGAAGUAAAAGCUGUUUGAGAACAGUGAAGCCACACAGACCUUGUGCAAUGAGAAGCUUUGAAGAACCAAAGACCCCUGAAGCUGCUGCUGGUACAGGAGGCGAGGGAGGCUGGGAAAGAGGAACUUUGGCCAGUGCCCCUCAUGCCGAAGCAAGCAAAAUGGUGCACCCCAUCCUCAGCAAAUCAGAUUUUUGUUUUUGUUUUUAAGUGACACUCUUUCCGUUUUUCUCAGUUUGGGAGAAAGAGCAAGCAUGGCAGGGGAGAGAGAUGAGUACAAGUUUCAGAAAUGUCUCAGCUAAUCCCUGCUCCUGAAGGAGAGCUUUGCCAUUAUGCACCAGGCAAGAUGGCCUGCUUUCAGCACUGAGCCUCACAUCCGUGAGCGCCAACUCUCAGCCGGGUUGGAAAUGCAGGGCGGCUGAGUUUUCUGCCCCAAGUUUCAGCUCCUUUAUGUGCCUCACAGUAGAGGAUUUCCCCCUGUCUGAGCUUUGUGACAUUUAGCUUCAAGCUUUUGUUAUUAAUCUUUUGCGGCACCGGAGAUGGAACUUUGGCGUCCUUCAUGCUGGGAAGGGAUCCCACCACUGAGCUACAGCCCAGCCCUUCUAGCCCCCACAGCUGCCUGAAGUACUUAUUAUUUUAAGAGAUUUCCCAGGACUUUUCAACCCAACUUAAAACGACGGUUAUUUUAGAUGCUAUGAUUUAUAUUUAUAUAGAGAUAUUUCUAGACUAUUAAAGCUCGCCCUUUGAUACUGGAGUCAGGGGCAUCUUGGGAUUUAUUGUUAUGUAAGAAGAUAGCAUAGAUAUUGGGAUAGUAUGUCAAACGUUGCUUACUCUGAUCUUCAUUGAUGUAUGCAUCCCGUUUCCAAUAAAUGCCACACUGAGAGUGUCUGAAACUUUUCUUUGAAGAACACCUACUGAACUUUGAACUUAGAUAAAAGGAUUCAACUCA